AGGAAGGUGAAUGGGAUGUGUCUGGCAGGGACAUUCGUCGCAAGUCUCCUUUCCUUUCAGCAUCGCUCGAACCGCUGAAAGCGCGCGCUCGCCGGAUUCUUUUCCUUCCACAGCAAAGUCUCCCUUUUCCUCUUGCAACUCUUCCGUGUGUCUUUCACCCGUUUUUUGCGUUUCUUCGUUUUCUCUUUGCGUUGCUUCCUCGAGUUGUUUCUCCAGAGCGCCACAGACAUCCGCCGCCUCUUUUGUUCGCUGUGUGUGCCUUCAACAGAGUCUUUCUUCUUUUCUUCUGCUUUCUCUGCUCUGUCUCCUUUUUGUCCUCCUUUUUUCUCUUUUUUUCUCCUUUUUUGUCUUUUUUUGCAUCUUCCAUUGCUUGCGCGGCGUUUCAGGGAAACCUCACUGAUGUCUCCUGUCUCUCGCGGAAAGAGCCCCAUCCUUCUCUUGCGCGCGUGCUUCUUUCUCCUCGCCUCUCUGUCUCUCGUCUGCUUCUUCCUUCGUUUCCUCGCUCUGUCCUCUUCCUGAGGCUAAGCCGGAAUCCCUCAGUUUUCUCAUUUUCAUUUCGCCUUCCGCCGAGUGUCCUCACAAAAACUGGACUGUGCUUGGCCCCCGCGACCUUGGCGGCGUCUCCGACUUUUCUUCUUUCCAAAUUUACAGAUUUCACCCGCACAAAAUUGAGACGCGUUUCGUCGCAGAUUCUCGUGUGUCUCGUCUCCGUGCUUCGGCCGUCCGGGCGGUCAUUCUUCUCCUUUCUUUUUGACCUUUUCUUUCUUUCAGUGUCCUACUGUUUCACGACCCUCUGUCUCUCCCUCGUUGCGUACCUCUCUUGCGACCUUUUCGCUGUCUUCCUUUUCUUAUUCUCUCAGCUUUCCUCUGACUUCUUUCUCUUUCCUUUCCUUCUCGAAUGCAACCGCCGAACUCCUUUGCCCAGUCUCCUGCGCGCCGCAGCGAGGCUUUUCUUCUCACCUCCUCUCGCCGCAGAUCCCCUAAAUUCUCUGGAUCUUCAAUCUCUCCCUCUUCCUCCUCUCUGCUCUCUCUCUUCUCUCCAGUUCGUUUCCUCUCCUCUCUCAGCUUCUCUCUCCGGACGAGGAGAGCGACCCUUUUCAUUUGACGCUCUUCCUCAGGCCUAGCCUGUUCAGAUUUCUUUCAGUCAAACGGAAAGAAUGUGAGGACUCUUGGAGACCACGCAGAAGAAAUGGACACCCUCCCUCCUUCUUCUUCCUCUUCUUCUUCCUCUUCCUCUUCCUCUUCUUCUUCCUCUUCUACUUCGUCGUCUUCCUCCUCUUCUCCUUCCUUCUUGUCUCCUUCUGCUUAUCUUCCAUCUUCCUCUCACGAAGGCAGCGAUCGCCGUCGGCUCGUUCCGUUUGAAACCUGCUCGCUCUCGAGGCCUGUCGCAGGCGACCGGGUGGCUUUCCUCUCGGCAGAGUCACCUCGGAGAGAGGAGACAGGAGACGAAGUGUCUCCUCUGUCUCCUACCCCACAGCCCACACGCCCCAGCUUCGUGCUGGCGGCCUCGCGGCGCCUCGCAGAUGCCGCUGCCCGCUUUCCGAGGCUCUUCGCCGGACAGAGCCGCGCCGGUGACGGGAGCGCAGACACUGGAGGAGGAGACAGUGGAGACCGGUCGAGAGAGCGAGCUGCAGGCAGGAGUUCAGGGUACCGGAGUCCGACUGUGGAGGACAGAGUAUGCAGUCGAAAACUGACGCAGUGGAGAAUGGAGACGACGCUAGUUUUGUAUGUCCUAAAUGUCCUCCUUCACUCUCUAAACGGAAUUUUCUUCGUCCUCAAGGGCGAGAUGGCGACGGGGGUGGUGAUUGUGUUGACGCAGACAACGGCAUGGGUCUUUGCGUCUUUGCUUUACGUGAUCGAUCGAGAGUAUCUCAAGGCCUGUUUGGCCCUCUUCGGCCUCGCCAUUUUUGUGGAGAUCAAGCCGUUGCCUCCGUCUCGUCGCCUUGAGCCUGGGAGAGUCUCUUCUGCCUCGCGCGCCGUCUCCUGGACCUCCCAGGUGUCUCCGGUAGCUGUCUCCGACGCGGACUCGGCGGGGACGAGACGGACUCGGGGCGAGGCGAGGGCGGAGAGUCUCGCGGCAGGAGGAGACAGACGACGAGACGCCUCAGCUUCUCACGUUCACCUUCAGAACAUGCAGAACACUUGGGUGGCUCUCACGCAAAUUCCUCUCCUCUACGUCUACAGCAAUGUCGUUUUGUAUGGCAGCGACCAGCGCUUCGUCACUGGCGACGAGGCCGUUAGCCUCCGCGAGCGCACUGCGAUUUUCUCCCCCUCACCAGCUGCGACGCCGUGGCUUCUCGGGACUUUCCUCGGCGACGCACGAGAGAAACCUUACGUUGCGUUGUGCUCCACUGCGCUUCUGCGUCUCUCCGUUCUCCUCUCCUGCGCGACAGUCGCGUGGAUCAUGGCGGAUCGUCUGCUCGCUCACUUGCAGAAAACGCAUGCAAGGCGCGACUUCCAGCGAACUGCGGAGGAAAAAUCUCUCCAGCUCCUCCUCGGUCUGACUUUCGUCUUCCACCUCGUCGACCUCUUCGUACGAAUCUGGACGUGGUGUCUCAUCAGCGACGACGCCUACGCCCCCCUCAACUUCAUAUGCUGCUUCUUUCUGCAGACGUUGAAUUUAGCCUUGUAUCUCACCCUGUCUUCAUCCUUUCUACACUGUUUCCUCCGGGGACUCCUGUCACUCCUAGUUUCUCCGCUUGACGUUUUUCUUAUCCACGCAGAAACACCGCGUCAAGGCCGCUCUGCAAUCUUGAUCCUCUUGCUUCGUCUCCUGGAUCUUCUUGCGAUUUCUCUCUUUGUUGGCUUUCGGACUUCUGCGGAUUCUCCUGCUUCCCUGGAGGCUGGAGAGACAGACGCAAUCGAGGCGCCGCUCCUUGGCUCUGCCCUCAACGAGCAGGCUUCGCGCGCCACCGCUGCACUCAUGGCCAGACUGCAUGCGGCGAGUCGCUUCUGCCUCUUCCUCGUCUCGGUGCUCUUCUGUCUCUUGGUGGCAAUCAUUGCCAUCAAGCGACACAGAGACGCGGUCGAAGCCGCGACUCUUGGAUAUCUCGGUCCCGCGUCUCGCCUCUCUCGACGGACGCAGCCCAAUACUUCUCGAUCAGCUGCUCCUCCUUCCUUCUCUUCUUUCCCCGCCUCCUCUUCACCUCGUGCGCCUUCACCCUCUGUUUCCUCUUCCUCAUCAUCUUUUCUCUCUUCCUCUUCUUCCUCCUCUUCUUCCUCUUCUUCAUCGUCUUUUGAGGACCAUGAACGCUGUGCAACUUUCGAGUCUCGGUUUGUUGUGGGAGAGUUAAGGAGAGGAGAGAAGCGCGAAGAUGGCCAAGGAGGGGAAGCCGAGACAGAAAGGCGAGGAGGAAAGAAGGGAGGACAACCGGAGCGGAGGAAGGCGCUCUGGCGGCGAGAGGAACGUUCAACGGAGGGCGCGCUCGCAUCUGUGCGGCUUCUACACGGAGAAGACGAAGAAGAGGACGACGAGAAUGGCGAUGACACAAGCGAAGGACGGGGGGUCUGUGGUGAAGAGAGAGCGCGCGGACAAGACCGAGAAGACGAACAUCAAAGACGACGCGACAGUCAGUUCUGUGUCACGGAGAGGGAGAAAGGAUGGCGAGCGAGGAUAUUUCGAGAAAAUAGGGAAGAGAGCUUGUUCGAGAGGACGUUGCAAAGGGAGAAGGAAAGAAAGAUGGAGAGUCGGUCUUGCGGAGAUCGGGAGUUCCUAUUGCCUUCUGUAUCGCCCUUCCGAAGCUGUGCUUUUUGAUUGGGGAGACACACAGGGGCACAAAGGAAGCACAGGGAGCUUCGCAAGUCUUCACACGAAACUUUGUAGACCGACUGUGCGAGAAGCAUGUCUUGGGGAGUGUAUGUAGCGGCUGAAUGCCAAGCAUGUGAGUUUCAGGUCUCAUGAAACCUAAGUGGGAGAAGCAGGUUUUGUACGUGCAUGCACCCGCGAAACAUCGAAGUCGAAAGACAGAGGGCCAGUGCGACGGAACUCGACAAGUCCAGCAGCCACGAGGGAGGCCAGUGGAUCCUUGUGUGUGCAUGAGGCGCGACCUUGCUAGGGAAGGUUUCAAAGCGGCUAAACCGCGAGAAAGAAACGCGCGCUUGCGGGGACUUCAUGGAGAUUUUCGGAUUUUUCGAAGAACCUGUUUGAGUGUCUGUUCCCGGGAGUAUCCAAACGAGACAGUUGCCUUCCAAAGUUUGUCCACUUCUCUCGACAGGUCGUUUGCAUGUUUUCCGCGCAGACAGCCCUUCAGUCAACAAAUAUAUGUAUAUGUAUACAUGCAUAUAUGUAGAAGUAUAUAAUCUGCACACAGCAUGCAUGCUUCACAGGUGAACUACAUGUGCGUAAGGAGUUUUUCACAAGGUCGGAACCGGUCGUUUUUUCGAGUAGGUGUGUGCCUCUACACGAUCCUUUUGGUGCAUAUGUGUGACGCUGCGCGUGCGACUCGGGUGAAAUUGAGAAGCGACACACGAGGGAAAUGGAUGUUUACGCCACUACAGUAAUGCAGCGUUUCGACUUGCUCCGUGUUCGUUUCGAAUGAACUGGGAGUUUGAGAGAAUUUCGCCUCUCUUUGAUGCACACAUCGUACGGACACCGUGUUGCACAAGAGGCGUUCUGUGGGUGCCGCAACCAGAGCUGCGUCGCCCGGGACGACUCACGCACCUGUCACAGCCUCUGCAUGCGCUCGCCUUCCAACGGAGUGAUGCAGAUGCAGUUGCCACAGAAACUCAGUCGAUUGGACGGGGGCGUUUAUUGUGCUCCAGGAUGGAAAACACACCGGUGAGCAACACGGCCGUCGCACAGAGAUCAAGCUACCGCAGAGCAUCCUUCGGGGUGCUUGCUACCUGUACCCGCUGAGCAACAGAACUCGGUUUUUCCAUUCGGCAACAUUCAAAAGGGCUGCGACGCUGGAAAAUUCCUAGGAACAGCACAUCGUGGCACUCGAAGCUGCAGGCACUGUGACGUUUUCGGCGAAGCAUGCUCCAUUUCGUCAGACAGCGAAGAUGGAACGCGGCUUGUUUCCAGGAAGGUUUAUUUUUCUACGGCUGUUUCGCGCUGCAAGACUCAACAGUGCGUCUCACACGAGUAACGAACGCAGAUAUGACACGGCAGCUGAGCAGAGUUGUCACCUCUGUUUCUGAUGUCACACGAAUGAGACGGGUGUGUGUUUUGGUGUACAGCAAGCUCGAUACAUGUGUGUAGUCCAUCGAAAAACUGAUAUGGUCUGGGAUUAGCGGGCAACCUCUGUUCCCCCAACUUGGGGUCCGUUUCGCCGACACCCUUCCUGGGUUUCAACAAGAGACCUGAGGCCCUCUGUGGUGGUUGGGUUGACUUGCGGUCUUGCUUUGCGCGUUACACGCUGCGCCCGUGUUUCUGGCUGAUGGUAUCGAGACAGUGCCUUAUACUAUGAAGGAAAGUGUGUUUAUUUCGCAGUACAAUUUUCGUGAAGUCCGCUGCUCGCGUAGUGCUCGAGUACUCAGGUAGCUCAGGACUUGGCAGCUGCGCAAAAGGACAUCCGAAACCCCGAGAAAGCGCCGUUUUUCGCACCUCGAAAUGAGGCUGCGUGUCUGCCCUUUGGCUUCCCUAGCACAGCCAGCCAGCCUUGUGUCCGGCGCUCUUCAGCUGCGGAGACGAAGAACAGGCUUCGACUCGGCUUGCGAACCAACGAAAAACUAGGAAUAGUCGCAUACGGCGUCAAAAAUGCAACACCGGAAACGGCACUCUGCGCACGACGCUUUGGAACGUCUGGCUCGGGUUUCUGGCUGGCUGUAUAAUAAGAGACCGCGUGUGGCGCGAGGAAUUUUAUUCACGAGGAAACGUAGGAAAGUCUCGCUUCCUCAUUUGCGCUGUUUUACGCCACCAUUCAUCCUGUGAGGCAGAACGGGACAUUUUGCUCCCGAAAAGGUCAACGCCUCUUGACGGAAAAGGGAUUUUUGUGUCUCGCUUCCUGUGGCAUUGCUGGCUUGUGGCUGCAUCUCGGGCAUUCUGCCCGCUGUGGGUGGACGGGCAAUCCCCGUGCUGCGCGCUUUGUCUUGCACGGAACACAGCUUUGAGAGACUUUUCGCCGAGAAAUCAAGACGUCCGCGGUUGUCUUUCUCGGAGGACGGAGCCCUCACUGCACAGGACGUCUCUCGAUCGCAGAUGUCUCCCUCUUCUUCACUGUGAACUUUCGAGGAAUCUCCGCGUUCAUGCGACGUCAUGCACAUACAUCUUGCUGCACGGCUCACUACAGAGGCCUCUCCGGGUCGGUACGCGUGGACCGCGUCGUUUUUCCC